UGGCAGCACAGUCAGUUGUGUCAGUGUAUUGUGUGUUGAUGUGUAUUGUGAUAAAAAGCUAAAUGUUAGCCCGCUAUAAUAUUUGUCGAAUAUUCAGUUCCCAACAUUUUAUUUGACGAAUGUUCACUCUUUUGUUAAUAAUUUAACUGUAAUUUGCACUUGUGUUAUAAGCAGUGAAUACGAUAGUGAAGUAGGUAAUCAUGGCGGACCCGUUGAGUUUACUUCGCCAGUACAACGUAAACAAAAAAGAAAUAAUUGAACGAGAUAAUCAAAUUAUAUUUGGUGAAUUCUCUUGGCCCAAAAAUGUUAAAACCAACUAUCUUAUGUGGGGGUCUGGAAAGGAAGGCAAUGAUAAAGAAUAUUAUACAUUGGAAUGUCUUCUAUUCAUCCUUAAAAAUAUACAGUUGACCCAUCCAGUUUAUGUUAGACAAGCAGCUGCUGCAAACAUACCGGCUGUGCGUCGUCCAGAUCGUAAAGAAUUGUUGGCAUACUUGAAUGGUGAAACUGCAACUUGUGCAUCAAUAGAUAAAAGUGCUCCUCUAGAAAUACCAACCCAGGUAAAACGCACUCAUGAUCACGAUGGUGGUGAAUCUGCAGCAAAGAAACCUCGCAUUGAGGAAACCCAUGUGCAAAAAGUACGAGAACAGCUCGCAGCUAGACUUGAUGCUCCAAAAGAGGCAUCCGUCACAGUUGACAAUAUCAAGUCUUUAUCGGAGGCGAUGUCAGUGGAGAAAAUUGCCGCCAUUAAAGCUAAACGUUUGGCAAAGAAGAGGACUACAAUCAAGAGCAACGACUACUCCGAUACGCUGGGUGUCGUCGGAUCAGAUUUUAGAGCCAUCCUCGACUAUGACGUAGAUCUAACCAAGGAUAUUAUGAGCCGGGAGAGACAGUGGCGCACAAGAACGACAGUAUUACAAAGUAACGGAAAGGUGUUUGCAAAGAGCAUUCUAGCUCUGUUGGGCAGUAUUCGAGCGCGGGAAGAAGGACGACCAGGAGCGCCACGGCCGCAACCCAUAGUCAUGCCACAGCCCACAUCGUUACCGCAGCAGCAAACCCAGUACAACAGAUACGAUCAGGAAAGGUUUAUUAGGCAAAAAGAAGAAACGGAAGGCUUCAAAAUCGACACUAUGGGUACCUAUCACGGUAUGACCCUGAAGUCAGUAACAGAGGGACCAAGUGUACCGGCCGCUGCGCGCGCGCCUCAAACGCCGAGCCAUCCUAGGCAAAUGCCACAAAACGGCUCAAUGGGCGGUAGUACGCCGGGGCGUCGUGAACUCCUACCAGUGGCGGCGGCGCGUCCCCCAGCCGGCGCGGGCGGGAAGCGGCCAUCGCGCACACCCAUCAUCAUCAUCCCCGCAGCCACCACCUCACUCAUAUCCAUGUACAAUGUUAAAGACACGCUGCAGGAUCUUAAAUUCGUUACUGUGGAACAGAAGAAAGCUGAAGGAGCGGCUCGUGAAAAUGAAGUAUUGUUGCAGAGGAGAAAAGGACCCACAGGGGAUGUACCUAACAACGCGACUACUAUUACGGUACCUUAUCGCGUUGUAGACAACCCUGGCAGGCUAUCAGCCGCUGAAUGGGACAGAGUUGUCGCAGUAUUCGUGCAGGGACCAGCCUGGCAGUUCAAGGGAUGGCCUUGGGACGGCAAUCCCGUCCAGAUAUUUGCUAAUAUUUGCGCGUUUCAUUUAAAGUAUGACGAAAUGAAACUAGACGCGAACGUCGCUCGCUGGGCCGUCACGGUAUUAAACCUAAGUCGCACCAAGCGGCAUCUUGACCGCGCCGUCCUACUCGGAUUUUGGGAGACACUUGACAAGCACAUGAUGAAGAAUAAACCGCACCUUAGGUUCUAAAUCGGAAAUAUAUCUAAUAGUCUAUUAUAUAAUGCCAUGUGAAUAUCAGAAAGCCUUGGAAGCAAAGCGAAUCUAAGUCAAUUCAUACCAUUUUAGAAAUAUUUUGGCUAUUUUGCAGUGAACUGAUAUUAUUAUAUUGUAGUAUGUUGUUAUUCAUUGUUGAAAUAUCGUAAAUGAAAUUUCUUAUACACAUAUUGUAAAGUAAUAGUGAAUAUAUACUUCUUUGACAGUUUGGUGACGUCAUGAAUGUUAUCUUACUGCAAUUUAUUGACAGUACUCAUCUUGUUACCUGCAAUAUGUACAACAUGCCCAAUUAUGUUGUCUUUUAUACAAUUUAUAGAAAGAAUGGCUUGCAUAUAUUUAUAUGAGAGUGUAUGUGUUAAUGAUAUAUAAAAUAUAUUAUUAUGUUUACGACUUUAGUCCAUUAUUGACUGCAAUCCCUUGAUAUCCUUUUAGAUUUAAAGUAAUCAUAACAUAGACAAUAAUAGCAUAGGUGUUCUAUAACCAUUCAUAAUCUUGUGUCUUGUGUUACUUUUGUGUUGUAUGAGUGGCCCACUCAUCACGAAUGUUCCCGACUCGCCAAAAUAUUUCAAAUGGUAUAGAACUGCUCAAAGAUCUGUGAUCUUUGUUUUUUGACAACAAUAAAUUGUUGAACAUUA